UGAGUUCUAUUUGGUAUUGGCCAAUACAUCUUUGUUUUCCAUAGAGUUCAAAAGGUUGCAAAUUGCAUUUCCAAGAAUUCAGGCUUUAUUUAGAAAUUUUUAGUUAUUGAAUUUUGCUCACUCUUGUUUUCUUUUAGAAUUGGCUCAAAUGUUUGCUAUCUGCCCUACGGAAAGUGAUAGUUUGGUUAACCUUUGCUGAUAUUCUGAUGUGACUAAAACUGAGGGAUGACAAGGUAUUAGGAAGUUAGUUUGACUUACAUUGUAUUACUGAGAGCAGGAAGUAAUAUUAAAUUUAUUUGCUUUUUGGUGAUUUUGUGUUCUAAAGAUUUACAAGGCUUCAAUUCAUUUGGUCUUGCUUUUUGGCUAUAUAGUUGAUAAAUUACUAGAAUGCAGGAAUGAUCACAUAUUUGUUGAAAAGAAUGAAUUUUUGAAAGAAUUCAAAGUGGUGUAGAAUGUUAUUAUUUAAAAAUCAUAUGAGAUAUCUUGGGAUUUCGGACAAUAAGAAGUAUCAAGUAAAUUGUGGCAGAUUGAAUAAAUAUACUUUUGCAUGAAAUUGAGAACUCCAAGUAUUUCUAAGUUGACUUCAAUGUUUCAUGUUCUUGUUAUUAGCUAUGCUGUCUUGUUUUUACUUCUUCCAGAUACAACAUAAAUAAGCAUUUAAAGCAGGCGUUAGUUGGCCCUAUUGUGUCUCGUGUUUAGAAUGGUAGCUCAAUUUCCCUGUCUUUAUGGUGUUCAGCUGAUUAAGUUCUGCCAUGCUUUAAAUAAUUUUUUUAUAUAAAACAUAGAACUGAUUUUGUAUUUCCAUCACUUUCUCAGCAAGCUCGACUUUCCAAAAUACUCAUUUUUACUUCUGGUCUUUUACAGAUAGGAGUUAGUCUUAGCUGAUUCUUUUGAUAGACAGUCUUUUAGAAGUUGCCAAUCUGUACCUCGAUUUUCUCAUUCAUUGAUGGUAAAGUGUAGAUGCAUGUUGUGGCAAGGAAGUGAAAUGGUCAUUUGAGGUCUGUUGUCAUUUGGGGUUUUGAUCCUGAUAACUAUUCUGCACUGGACUGUUUGUGCUCCUAUUUGUUUUUAUCAGAGUUCUUUAUAUCGUUGCUCAAGAAAUCCAUAUUAUGAGGACUUUAUAGAUAAGGGAUCUAGAGUAGAUCAUCUUCCUUUUGUUAUUCUUUUGAAAAGUUCCUCUCUUUUUUAUUUACUUUUACCUUUUUUGUGGUGGUGGGGGUAUUGGAAGGUUUCUCUUGAAGCAUAAGAACUGAAGAUGGAAAUAGAAAAAUCACAACCUUGUGGUGAAGGAGGAGCAGAGGCAAUAUUAAAUGUUCAACCCAACGCAUCAAUCUCUAUUGCUUAUCACCAUCUCUUUGGUCCUCAUGAUGAUUUAAUGCUUCUUGAGCUUGAUGAGAAACUCCUACCUGAUAUCCUCAAUCAAAGAGUAACAUUAAGAGGGCAGCCAGAUGAAGAUGCAGUUCUCUGUAGUCAGUCGAAAACUUAUGCCAUUAAAUUUGUCGGAACUUCUAAUUCUGUAUUCCUUAUACCUCCUUCCAACCUAUCAAUCAAACUUGGAGCUUCACCAAAAUCAAGCGAAAAGGAUCAUGGCAAUUCGACGGUUGCUUCUGUCAUUAAAGUAGUACCCGGGAGCAUGGAACUUGUCGAGGUUGCUCCUAGAUUGGACAAGCUCAAAUUGCUUCUCUCAGAAAACCCUUAUAGUUUUGAUGAAGUGUCACAAAUGAAUACCGAAUCGACCCACAAAAGCAGGGGCUUGUAUGCAUGGAAUGACCUUAUUGAGAAGGUUCAAGCCAGUGACGAGGAGCUGUGCACAGGGUUGCGAACUCUUUCGGCAGUAGAGAUAGAUGGAUAUUGGCGACUUUUAGAUGAGAACUUCGUGGAUGAAAUCCUGAACAUGCUUUUGCAUAAUGCAGUGCUGAAUGACUGGGUUUUAAGUGCUCUAAACGAAGAUGACGUUUUGCGUGUGCUGGAAGCAGAUGGAUUUCCUUGCAAAAUAGUAAGGCAUUGUUUGGAAGUUUAUGGAAGUAAGUUGGAUGAGGAGACUAGAGGAAGCUGUACAUGGAGGUUGGAAGAGAGGCCGGUUUGUGUGCAUUUCGCUCGAGUAAUCCUAAGAGGGAAAAAAAUGAAACUUGAAAGAUUUAUGGAGGAGUGGAGAAAGAAGGUUCCAGAAGGGAUGAAUGCAAGUUUUGAUGUGCUAGAAGGGGAAGUCUUAACCGAAAAGCUCGGGAUAGAGACUCGGAUUUAUGCUUUUAGUGUUUCUUCACUGCCAUCUGUACCUGCUGAACGGUUUUCCAGAUUAUUCCAAGAGAAGCCGAAGUGGGAUGGGAAAGAACUGCAGCCAUUUAUCAGGGAUCUGAAGGUACCAGGACUUUCUUCAGAAGGUUUACUACUCAAGUACACUAGAAGAAGUCAACCAAGCGCGGAUGCUGAACCUAUUUUCAGUGCAAGAUAAUGUUUGUGCUGGCCACAUUAUUUCCUCGUAAAUGUUCCAGAAAUGGAUGGUUUGACUUGUAAAGAGGAAGGAGAUGAUGUAAUGUAAACUUGAUUUUGGAACUUGUUAACAAGUUUACUGUCUAGUUGCUUUGCCUUUGCAAUCGUUUUGGGAUAUUCUCGCUUGUUUUAAUGCACGUAGCAGCUCCUUAGUCUAUUGUAUCAUGUAACAGUAAGAACUGUAACAGGGAGAAGAGACUAUUGAGUUGCAUCUUGUGUUUUGGAGCUCA